GUUUUGUUAAACGUUGCACAUCUAAGCAUUCAGACAAAUGCUUGCGGAAGAAAUCAGCAACAAAUUUUUAUUGUAGCUUUAAGAAUGAAGAAUCUGCAAGUAGACACAGAUCUCUUAAAAUCAACUGUAUUUGCCAGUAUUCCAUCAAAUUCAGGUUAGUGUUGUUCUUUAAUUUACAUUUUAAAUGAUGUAGAUAUAGCCUAUUUGUGCCACCAUAUUUAUUUAUUAAUUAGUUUGUUAGGGUGCAUGAACUGUUAACAUAACCCUUAAUUUUGGAAAAAGUCAUAGUUUAUACUUUCUAAACCAUCUUGAUGGAUAGAUUCAUUGUUUCACAGUCCAUUAAAAUAAACUUGAUGUUCUUACCACUUUUAUAGACAACUAUCAGAAAUGGCAGUACAUCGGACCUUUUCGAGAGUGAAUCAUGAGCGCAUCCAGGCUGUGGAGAGCACUUUCGGUCACACUGGAAAGACCCUUCAAAUACCUGGCCGUAUCCUAGUGGGAGAAGGUCGCUUGUUAAAGUUAUGCAGACGUGGACCCAAACCCAAGGCGUUCUUCCUCUUCAACGACAUCUUGGUCUACAGCAGUAUCAUGGUGCCUGACCGCAAGAAUAAAAACAGGAAGAUUAUUCCUCUGGAUGAGGUGCAGCAGGAAGAUCUGAAAGACGGAAAGGUCAUAGCCAACCAGUGGCUCAUUCGAACACCACGCAAGUCCUUCUACGUGGUGGCGGCCUCGCCUGAGGAGAAACGAGCAUGGAUGGAGCACAUUGAGCGUUAUAAGGCCCAGCUUUUGCAAAACAAAGGCCUUACUAUUGACCGCACUGCCAAGAGAAAUUUUGCUGCUGCGUGGAUUCCUGACACCGCUUCAGAAAUUUGCAUGCGCUGCUCAGAUCGAUUCACCAUUGCUAAUUGGAGGCACCAUUGUCGGAUGUGUGGCUUUGUGGUAUGUGGAGCUUGCUCAAAGGACCGGGCCUUGAUACUCAAUAUCUCCUCAAGGCCUGUGAGAGUCUGCUGGCAUUGUACAAAUGACCUGGAGGACCAGGAUGAACAAGAGAAGAGACAGGGAAGCAGCAAGGCAAAGAACUUUAAAAAGAAGUCUUUGGAGGACUUACCACCAAGCCUUGAGAGUUCCAGCAAAGAGGACUCAGAGCAGGACAGCGAGUAUCAAGUGCUCACCAAGUGGUUCAGUACCCUGCAACUUAAUGAUCUUCACUACUGCUACACAAAACCUGAGUAGAAAAACCUUCUUUCACUGGACUGUGAAUUGAACAGAAUUCCUGCUAAUGCUGCAUAAAACCUGAGCACAUGAAACCUUUUCUUACUAACUCUGAACUGAACCGAAGAAAAUAAAAAGAGCACCUAAUUAUUAUAAAUAUGCUGGAACUGAUCAUGUACUGCUUCAGCAAAUCAAUAGGGAAGAUUACAGCAGUUAUGAAGUA